CUUCCUUUUGUACAAAGGUCAGUAAACAUAACAAGCUGUUUGAGAUCUCUUGGUCAGCAGUAUGGGUCGGCUUGAUGGGAAGACGAUACUGCUGUCUGCAGCAGCACAGGGGAUUGGACGAGCAGCUGCUAUAGCUUUUGCUAAAGAAGGAGCCAAAGUCGUUGCUACAGACAUCAAUGAGUCUAAGCUGCAAGAACUGGAGAAAUAUCCAGGCAUUCAAAUACGGGUUCUGGAUGUCACCAAAAAGGAGCAGAUAGAAAAUCUGGCCAAGGAGAUUGAAAGGAUUGAUGUCCUCUGUAACAUUGUAGGGUUUGUUCAUCAUGGAACCAUUCUGGAGUGCGAGGAGCAAGACUGGAACUUCACUAUGAACCUCAAUGUUCGCAGCGUGUAUCUAAUGAUCAAGACAUUCCUUCCUAAGAUGCUUAAACAGAAAUCUGGAAACAUUAUAAAUAUGUCUUCUGUGGCAUCCAGUGUUAAAGGAGUUGUGAACAGAUGUGUAUAUAGUACUUCAAAGGCAGCAGUUAUUGGUCUAACAAAGUCUGUGGCUGCUGAUUUCAUUGAACAAGGCAUCAGAUGCAACUGCAUAUGUCCUGGAACUGUUGACACACCAUCUUUACAGGAAAGAAUCCAAGCCCAGCCUAACCCAGAACAGGCAUUGAAAGACUUUCUAGCCAGACAGAAGACUGGUAGGAUGGCUACUGCUGAAGAAGUAGCCCAUCUCUUUGUGUACUUGGCCUCUGAUGAAUCUGCCUACGUGACUGGUAAUGAACUAAUCAUCGAUGGAGGAUGGAGCUUGUGAUUGACCCUACCUGCAAAUGGAAACUCAUACUAUGACAGGCAAAAAGUGAGGAUCAUGUUUCUCAGUUAAGAUAGUUUGCGAAGAUUUAGAUCGCUCACAUGAUGUCUUUCAAAACAAAUUUGGUGCAUUUCUACUGCUAUAUGAUCUCUUUAUAGAUUGAUCUUACUGAUUCACUUUUUCCUAAAUAGUGAAACACUGUAGUAAA